GUGUUCGGCUUGGACACAAACACAGGGAAGCAGCUUUGGGAGUACGAUCCCGACCAUGUCGUUUGGAAUCUGUCGCCUUUGUUCCCUGAUGACGAAUCUGUCGUCUUCAUGGACUUCACAGGUGGCAUGUACAAGCUGUCGCUCACCACCGGUCAGGAGCUGUGGAAGACCCCAGCACCCAAUUCUGACCCGUCCUUCUCGGACGGUGGGCCAACAUUGGGCCAGAAUGGCAAAGUGUAUGCGUGCAGCAACUACGGUGUCGCAAUGGGGCAGGAAGGCUCUCUAGGUGUGGCACGUGCCUUCGACCUCCAGUCGGGGCAGAUCGUUUGGGAGAAGAUUCUCUCCUCGCCCUGCAACUCCUUUCCGGCAGUGGGCCACGUCAGAGGUUCUGAUCGCCUCGCAGCUGUGUUUCUGCCCGGCCCGUUUGACGGCACACCAAAUGUCGAGGCCUCCGCAGGGAGCGCCCGGCCUGCUCCAGAUUUUCCAGGAGCAGGACGCCGCGAGCCUCGCCCAGCGCGGGCUGCGCAUCCAUGA